AAAAAUUCAAAAUGAAAUUGACUAUGUUGUGUAAUAUAUAAAAAAAAGUUCUUUUAAAAUAUUUAAACACUAAGAUAAUUCGACUUCGAAGAAUAUACAAUAUGGAACCAAUCGAAUGUGGUGGUUUCACUUUUUUAUCAGACUUUGAUUCUGGGAAUAUUUUACGGGCAGAAUUAGUGGCUAAAAAAGAAAAUCGGGUUGUUAAAGCUACAUCAUAUUCAGAUGAACCUGAUAUUGAAUUUAAUGUAUGGACAAAGCCAGAUUGUUUUGGAACGGUGUAUGAGAAUUGUAAUCGAACAUGGUUUUAUUUUGGUGUAAAAACAAAUGGUCUACCACAUGGUUUAGUUAAAAUAAAUAUUGUUGAUUUAAAUAAACAAACAAAAAUGUAUAGUCAAGGUAUGGUGCCUGUAACACGCAUUACACCCGGGAAUAAAUGUUCUUGGGAACGUUUACGCGAUAGAGUUACAUUCACUUCUGACGAUACAACAUUUAUAUUAACAUUUCGUUUUUUUACACCAGAAAAUAUAAAAAGUAUACAAUAUUUUGCAUUCACAUAUCCAUAUACAUAUGCUGAAUUACAAAAUCAUCUCUUACAAUUAGAUCAUAAAUAUUUAACAAUACCACCGGGUCCAGCACACAUUGAUGAUAUCUAUUAUGUGCGUGAAUGCGUAUGUAAAUCAUUAGAAGGACGUCGAAUUGAUUUAAUUACAAUAUCAUCAUAUCAUAAUAUUACAUUUGAAAAAGAAACACGAUUAAAAAAUUUAUUUUCCGAUACAUCUGUCAAUCGACCAUUCAAAUUUCAUGAUAAAAAGGUUGUAUUUGUAAGUGCACGAGUGCAUCCAGGAGAAACACCAGCAAGUUUUGUAUUCAAUGGUUUUCUAAAUUUAUUAUUAAAUCGCGAUAACAUUUAUAGUGUAAUGUUACGUCGUUUAUAUGUAUUCAAGUUAAUACCAUUUUUAAAUCCAGAUGGCGUUGUACAUGGACAUUAUCGUACUGAUACACGUGGUGUUAAUCUUAAUCGUUUAUAUUUAAAUCCAACAUUCACUGAUCAUCCAUCUGUAUAUGCAGCUAGAGCAUUAAUCCGUUAUCAUCAUCAUGGAUCUGAAUUACCUGAUGAUAUGCUUUUACAACAACGACAAUAUAGUCAUAUCACGAAUAAUCCAUCAGCUGAUAGUAUAUCAAGUUCGAAUUGUUCUUCGAAAACUAAUAAAGAAUAUAUUAAUCAAAAAAUAUGUGACCGUAGUGUUGAACAAAUUAAUAGCGCACCUGAUAAAACGUCUGUUCUUGUUGAGGGUGAUCGGAGUAGUAGUUCAACACCAUCACCUGAUAAUGAUGAUGUAAAACCUGGACAAGAUUCGGGUUUAUUUUUAUAUAUAGAUUUACAUGGGCAUGCAUCGAAAAAAGGAAUAUUUAUGUAUGGCAAUCAUUUUAAGGAUCAAACGUCGAAUGUUGAGUGUAUGCUUUUACCAAAAAUCAUGUCAAUUAAUAAUUCAAAUUUUCAUUUUUUUGCCUGUAAUUUUACUGAGCGUAAUAUGUAUUUAAAAGAUAAGCGAGAUGGUUUAAGUCGUGAAGGGUCUGGGCGUGUUGCUGUACUAAAAUUAACUGGUCUAAUACGAAGUUAUACCCUCGAGUGUAAUUAUAAUACUGGACGCAUUGUAAAUGCAUUACCUGCUCCACUGCGUGAUGGAUGUGCAAAACCUGUUACGAGUAAUAUUGUACCGCCAAAAUUUACACCACAUAUUUAUGAAGAAGCUGGAAAAGCAUUAGGACCAUCCAUAUUAGAUUUAACUGGUGAUAAUCCAAAUUCAAGGAUACCAAAUUCUGAAUUCCGUUCAAUACAUAAUAUGCGUGAAUGGUUGAAAUGGUAUUUAAUUGGACAAUUGGGUUCACCAUCCGAAAAUGCAAAAUCAUUGUCACAGAUUCCUCGCCCAGGAGCACGAAAAACACCCUUAAAAACAUUAAUGAAACCAAAUCGUUUAAUACCAACCACUAUCGCUGUCCGUAAAACAGAUCGUAAAGAGAAUCUCAGCAUACAAAAUAAAAUUCAACCAUCAUGUUCGAACACACUACCCACACGCUCAUCAAAAUCAACCGCUGUACGUUCUAAAUUCACAACUCCAACAAUAUCCAGUAAUUUAAAAACGAAAGAUAACGUUAUCCAAAAUUUAAAAACAUCUGGUGAUUAUAAUAAUAAAUUCAAACGACAAUCGCUAACAACAUCAAAUGUAAGAAAUCAAGAAAAGCAAAUCGUAAAGCAAGAAAGUGAAAUCGUAACAAAACAGGAACCUAAAAGAUUACGAACAGCUACACCAACUCUUGGUGGUACAUCAUCGUCAUCCUUAGAACGACCAACAAAUGUUACACCCCGACCAUUAUCGUCUAAUCCUACUAGUCAACCAAUCGCAGAAAAUCGUUUAAAAUUACGUGAAAUCUGUCUGUUAAAAACUGAUUUUAGUAAAAAAUUUGGAGCGAAUAAAUAUGAUAUUCCAUCGACGUCGAGCACAUGUAAGGAGACAAUUAAUAAAGAUUUAUUAAUUGAAUGGAAAGAAGGUACACAUGCUGAAGGGACAUCUGGAUAUGUUGGUAUUAAAAAGAAAAAUACUACAUCAAAAAUUGUACCAAAAUAUCAAGUGCCGGUAAAACAUUCACCGAUUAAACAUGAUUCGAAACGUUUGAUGACCAUUAAGAAAUUACGAUUACGUAAACCGUUACGUAGGUUAACAACAUCGAAUGAUAUAUCGUAUGGAUUAAUAAAAAAUAAAAAGAGAAAAAAGAAAAAAGCAAAAUUUAUUUAGUUAAAAAAAAUGUAUAGAAAAAACACACACAAUGUUCUGUUUUAUU